AUGGGAAGACGAAUUUCAGCCAGACAAGACCAGAAAGCGCUUAGCAAACUCACUCAAAACCUGGAUUCAACAACCUUGAGCAACAGUGACGGCUUUGAAUUCCCAACCUGGAAUGAUCUUUGCACAUUCAUGGAGAGGCGUUGUAAAACUCUCAACAUCAUCGAAGCUAAAUCUCACCGCAGUUCGACAUCAGCCAUUACAUCGCAAUCGCAGCAAAGACCACAACAAUUGCAGUCGCAUCAUUUCACCAAAACAAGAACCCAAGAAGCAUUAUUCAAGAAUUCAUCUUUGCUUACGACCAACUCGCCUACAACCUCGACCUGUGUUUUUUGUGACCAACCAUCGCACAAUGCAUUCAGCUGUGAAAAGUUUAUGAAUAUGUCACCAAUUAAUCGCUUCAAGCUCGCCAAGGAAUUGAAAUUGUGCCUUAAUUGCUUACGAGCACGUCAUACAAUACAGAAUUGCAACUCUACAAACAAAUGCCAAAAAUGUGGUAGCAUUCAUCACACCUUGCUGCAUCGUGAGCACAUUAUACCUGACAUUUCUCAGCCUCCUGCGCCAUCAACCGCAGUUGUCCAGCAAAUUGCACAAAAUCAAACUAAUCAACACCCUUUGUCUUCAUCUACUUCUUUACAGGUAAGCCAUACUGACAACGUCAAUCGAGAUGCGGGCUACGUAUUACUUGCUACUGCACUUGUUAAUCUUUCCAAUAAAGGAGGUACAUCUGUAGUUGGUCGAACACUACUCGAUUCAUGCUCCCAAAUGAAUUUCAUCACUGAGCAUAUUGCACAGUACCUCAAGUUGAAUCGCAGUCGCACUUACCUAGACGUCAAUGGAAUUGGACAAGUAUAUCUAGAUGUAAUUAUACUUCCAGGAAUCACGUCACCUCAACCAAGUCGUCAUCUAAACAUCAAAAACUGGAAAAUUCCCACCAAUGCUCACUUAUCUGAUCCUCGAUUCAAUCAACCUGGUACUGUUGACUGUCUUAUCGGCGCAGGGAUUUACUUUGAUCUACUACAAGUGGGUCAAAUAAAAUUAGGAGAACAUCUACCAAGUCUACAGAAGACAUCACUGGGAUGGGUUGUAGGUGGUACAAUCAAGAAUAAUCCAGAACACACAUCCUCGUUAGACAUCGCACCAGUUGGACCAAAAUCACCUAGCAUCAACUAUGCCUGUUUCACCACUACUACUACACCACUGAAAGACGAACUCCUACAAAGGCUUUGGAUUAUCGAAGACAAUUAUGCAUCAACAAAGGAACUCUCAAUAGAAGAAGAGGAAUAUGAGACAUUCUUCAAAUCCACAACAACACGGUGCCCAUUGACCAACACAUUCAUCGUACGAUUGCCAUUUCGUGAGGAUCGCACAUCGUUCGGAAGUUCAUAUGAAAUAGCAAAAAGGCGGUUAGUACCGAUUGAGCAUAAAAUAUAUCGUUCUCCAUCUCUACAGAAAGAUUAUUGUCACUUCAUUGAUGAGUACGCAAGAUUAGGUCACAUGUGCAAAUUGGAUGCAGCAGAGGCUAUUCACAAGAACGUUAACUACAUUCCUCAUCAUAGUGUCCUGAAGCCUGAUAGCUCAACAACCAAAUUGCGCGUCGUUUUCGACGCAUCGUGUAAAACAUCAUCAGGCAAAUCGUUGAAUGACAUUCUGAAGGUCGGUCCAACUCUUCAAGAUGACAUCUUCACCAUCCUCGUUCGCUUUCGCACCUAUCGUUUCGUAUUAAUGGCAGAUAUAACCCAAAUGUAUCGACAAAUUCUGUUUCCUAUCGGUUCUGCCAUUACACUGCGUGAUUUCUACGUGGAUAACUUGAUGUCAGGUGCUAAUGAUCGCAGUGAGGUAAUCAAAAUCAAAGAGGAGACGACUAACUUGCUCCUGAUUGCAGGCUUUCACCUUCGAAAAUGGGCAUCUAAUGAUCCCACCAUUAUAGCAGACAUUCCAGAAGAAGAUAAGGAAUCUUUCAUUGUUCUAGGAGACAGUGAAAUCAUCAAAGCUCUUGGAAUGGGAUAG